ACAAGGACUGGACCGUCAAAGUUCUAUCAGAUGAAGAAAAAGUUACAAUUAAAGGGCGACACAAAUGAAACAAGGGUGCAGCGUCAAGAAGAUUUGUUUGAUGAAAAGCAACCAACUGCAGUGCCACCACUACAGAAUGAUGGUUUUGCACUUCAGGAUGAUUUGGUUGAGAAUGAGGUAGUUGAGGAUGAUGUAGUACCUGACAAUCACAAUGUACCUGCUAAGAAGAAAAACCAGGUGCUGAUAUGUUUUUCACCACCAUGAUGUAAUGUAUCAACUACUAUAUCUUUUUUGAAGCUUGAUGUUUUUUCUUACAUGCCUUUACUUUUUUGCUUUUGACAGAGUUCUUUAUUCAAUCGUUCAUCCACCAUGAAGCUUGUAAGGUUAUGCAAGGGCAUGACACCAGAACAGAAGGAUUUGAUAACAAAAUCAGAUUUCGGAGACAUUAUAUUGAUGAAGUGCUCGAAAUUGAUUCCAGAGCUAUGUAGGUUUCUGUUGGCGAGUUUUGAUCCUGUCAGAUGCGUUCUUGAUUUCGGGGACAGGGGAAGGAUACCCGUAACAGUUCAGUCAGUUGCUAAGGUUCUUGGAGUACCCAUUGGUAGCUCGCCAGUCCCGUACUAUGCUGAUCCCAAAUCAACGACUGCUAUACUGGAGAUGCUUGGUAUACAUGAUGGUGUGCAACCCACUGUUACAUAUUUGGAGAAGGAGCUAGGACCGGAGCAACCUGCAGAUGAUUUGUAUCUUAAGAAGUUUGUCAUUUAUAUGAUUAGUUCAAUCUUUGCUCCAACCACUGGCAUAAAGGUUAGCCCGAAGUGUUACCCUUCUGUCAUGAAUGCAACUUCAGUCAGUGAUCUGAAUUGGGCCAAGUUCAUCAUAGACAUACUUAUACAAACUGCAAACGCUAAAGGCAAGAAGAAUUGGUUUAAGGCAUGUAUGCCAUAUCUCAUGAUACUUUACGUUGACUCCUUGGAAACGAAUGCACUGGAUGUUCCACAAGAUGCUACUCGAUGUUGUGUCUGGUCAAAUAAUAUGAUCAGUUUGGUAGCUGGUUUGGACACUAACAAUGAUGGAUCAUUCGGACGGUUACCGCUGAAGCCUUGUUUUAGGACCAACCUAUCUUUGUUCACCACAGAACCUACAGAUGUUGACAUGUUCACAAAAAGACAUCUUCCACACAAUCACACAGAUGAGGAUUUGGCCAAAUAA